AAUCACGUCAAUAGAGAAGAGGACUCAUCAGUAUAUAUGUCAUUUUACUACAAUACACUUGACAGCUUUCAAGAGUUUUAGGUGUUUGACAUUUUAGAUUCCUGGACUAAAACCACAGGAGAAAAUGUAUCGCACAUUUUUUUUCUGUUUGUUCGUGUGCCGUCUGAUUGGUGUGUUUGGCUAUCCAUAUGAAGUAAAGACAGUGUCAGUGUCAGUGUAUGAGGGGGAAUCUGUUACUCUACACAAAGGUUAUAUAAAUAAACAGGACUUUUAUUCAAUAGAGUGGAAGUUUGGAACUGAAGAGACUCUCAUAGCUGAAUAUUAUAUUGACUCCAGUUCGAUCUCAAUAAGUGAUACGUUUCUCGAUGGGAGAUACACAGACAGACUGCAGGUUAAUGAUCAGAAUGGAGCUCUCACAAUUACAAACAUCACAACUCAUCACUCCGGACUUUAUCAAAUGAUCACCACCACCAGUAGCAGGCUCAGCGACGGCAUUGAAUUAACCUCAUACGGGUUCAAUGUUACUGUCUAUGCUCAUCUCCCCAUUCCUAUCAUCAGCAGAAAUUCUUCACAAUCUUCAAAAUGUGUGUUACUGUGUUCAGUGUUGAAUGCGACACAUGUGACUCUCUCCUGGUACAAAGAAAAAAGUUUAUUGUCCAGCAUCAGUGUGUCUGAUCUUUACCCCAGUCUUUCUCUACCGCUGGAGGUGGAAUAUCAGGAUAACAACACAUACACCUGUGUAGUGAACAAUCCCAUCAGUAACCUAACUCAACAUCUCAACAUCGGUCAUGUCUGUCAGUCAGGGUCAGAAUGUGUCAACUUUUGCAAUACUACUGAAGCUGUGAUCCGAUUGGUCGUCUCUGCUCUAGUGGGCGUGGCUAUCGUGGCUGUUCUGUUUUAUGAAAUCAGAUCUAAAAGAGCUGAACAGGAGAAAAAAUCAUAGAAAUCAGCAAUCACCAGGGACACAGGAAGAGGUUUUAAGUUGGGGUUACUGUUUGUGGGGUUGUAAUCAGCUAUGACAUCAUCGAGUUUCUGACAACUGUAAAUCUUUAAUAUCCUCUCUAAAAUAAUAAUAAUUAGUUUAAACGUUUCUUUUGAGUGUCUGCAUGUAUAAUUUACUUUAGACAGUUUGUUAAAUUGUUUGGCGUUUGUGGUUUACUCUGAGAUUGCUGCAGUUUGAGUUGUGAUGAGGGCACGUUUGCAGCCUUCGCAUCCAUCUAGUAUUUUUGUACAUCAAUAGGAUGCAAAAAUAACAACAGAGAUUAUAAAAAAUAUAAUGAUAUUUUCAUAUUUAAUUUCAAUUUCAAUGCUUUAUGCACAUUAUUAUCACUUUUCGAACAAAGGUAAUUGUUUGUAUUAUUUACCAUUUUAU